AAUCACUCAUUCUACAUCAAUCAAUACACAUUUGAUUUCUCAAUUUUUGAAUCUCAGAUCAAUCAUGUCUUGCUGUGGAGGAAACUGUGGCUGUGGAUCUGGCUGCAAGUGCGGCAGUGGCUGUGGAGGAUGCAAGAUGUACCCAGACAUGAGCUACACCGAAAGCAUCACAACCACCGAGACUUUGGUGCUUGGGGUGGGACCUGAGAAGACAAGCUUCGGCGCCAUGGAGAUGGGUGAAUCCCCUGUUGCUGAGAAUGGCUGCAAAUGUGGAUCUGACUGCAAGUGCAACCCUUGCACUUGUUCUAAGUGAACAAACUAUAGUUAAAACAGAGCAGAGAUCAUGGUGUUAGCCUUUUAUGGUUGAAGAAAAUAGUUGAAAAAUGUGUUUUUCUCUAGUGUUUUAGUGUGUGUGUGUUGAAACAGGGAAAAAAUAUGUGUUCUUUUUUUCCCUGUAAUAAGAAAUAUAGUAAUGGAGUGUAUAAGUAACCAUUAAUAUGGUUUGUGUAACAUGAGCAUCUCUGCAUCUGGUAAUUUUAGCAUCUAAGUUUGGAAAUGUGUUGUUGUGGUUUCAACUAAUUCAAGUACUUCCUUGUUAA